AUGGCUAGUUUUUCUGUGAAUCCUAAUGAUUAUAGUGCUCCGGAACCUAUGAUCAACUCAAAUAACUAUCCCAAAACUGAACCACCGGAGGCAACGAAACUGACUUUUGUGGAUGCAGCCUUACAAUACAUAAAACUUGUGGAUAAUAUUGUCGAUGAGACGGAGGCUUUGAAAUUCUUAGAUUUAGUGGAGGAUUGGAUGCCGAUGAAGAGAAAACAAGUAAAGAAAAAGGAGAUAAAGAGACGGGAAGCUCUUGUAGCGAAUAUAAGCAACGAUCCCCACGACCCCCGUAAGAAGAAGUUCCAAAAGUGUUUGUCCCGCUACCGUAUCCUCGUAUCUCGAUGCAAAUCUCUGAAAAGACAUGAACCGAAUCUCAAAUGGGAAUCCAUCGAAAAAAUCGAAAAAGAGCUGGAAGGAUAUCAAACAAUCGAACAAUUCGAUCAGUUCUGGAAGAGACUUGUCGAGAUGGAAUCCUUCAUUUCCCGUCUCGAAUUCAGAAUCCAUUUCGGGUUCCUUCUGGCUCUGAAGAAACCAUUCGUCUCCGCUAAAACUUGCAUCUGUAAUUGUCUGAAAAGGGUCUCAUCUCAAUAA